AUACACAAAUUUGAGGAAUUAAUUUUCCACCAAUGUUCCAUAGAUAAUCAAAUUUCCUUUUUAUAAUAACAACUUUUCUAACAAAUAAAACACAAACGCAUAGAUCAUGAUUGAUGUCGUUCAGUUAUAUUUUUAAUUGUAACGACAACGACAACUUAUGAGGUUUCUUGCAACAAGAUGUUUCUAAAACAAGAAACGUUUCUAAUUUAUAUUCAUCCCAUCUGCCUCGACUGACUCAGUGACAUUUCCCGGGAACGUUUUGAUUUCUGACAAUUUUCUGUUUUUGUUUUGAAAAUUACAUCCAAUCAAGGCCAUAUGAAGCUCAAACGAUUCCUUUCGAUUCCAAUCCUCGGGGUGUUUCUGCUGUUGGGUUUUGUGUAUCACAUCACCAUUUUCAUUUUCAUUGAAGAUUGGAUUGGGUUACAGAGCUCUUCUGGCUCUUUAAACGCUUUGAUCUUCACUUUCCUUACUGCUUUCAGUAUUUUCUCUUUCUCUGUUUGUGUUCUCACUGACCCAGGUCAGGUCCCACCUUCUUAUGCGCCUGAUGUUGAACAAAGUGGGAUCUCAGAUGAAGAAACCAAGAGAAAAAUCUGUGACAGGUGCGCCACAUACAAACCUCCGAGGGCUCAUCAUUGCCGAGUCUGCAGAAGGUGUGUUUUAAGAAUGGAUCAUCAUUGUCUAUGGGUAAAUAACUGUGUUGGUUAUUGGAACUAUAAGGCCUUUUUUAUGCUCAUCUUCUAUGCAACAAUAGGAAGCAUCUACUCUACGAUCAUAGUCAUUACAUGUACAUUUCAAAAGGACUGGGAUUUCAAUGGACACAUCCCACUCAAGGUUUUUUAUGUUACUUGUGGAGUUAUGAUGUCUGCCCUGAGCUUGACGCUUGGUACUCUCUUCGGUUGGCAUAUCUACCUCAUUAUCCAUAAUAUGACAACCAUAGAGUAUUAUGAAGGAAUACGCGCAGCAUGGAUGGCUAAGAAAUCUGGGCAUAACUAUCGUCAUCAGUUUGAUCUUAAUGCAUACAAAAACAUUACCUUGGUCUUAGGCCCAAACAUGCUAAAAUGGUGGUGCCCCACCGCAGUAAGCCAUCUGAAAGAUGGCCUCACUUUCCCUGUUAUACGUGAUAAUUCAUAGACGGUCCUCUUAAACUUCAGAAUCAUCAUACAAAACUCCUCUCCCUGAAUAUUAGAAAUAUAAGAAAAAAAAGCAAUCCAAUAGAGGCUGCUACACUAUGACAAAGUUUCCAGAUCAAGAAAUCAUGGAGUUCAAGUUUACAAAAUCCGCAAUGAUAUCAGAUAAUGUUGGCAAAAUACCAGGUAGGUGCUCGCUAUUUUUUUACCAUGCUCGCUCAAGUAACCAAAUUUGUUUAUUGCAUCUGUCAGAUUGGUGUAGGAAUUGUACAUUCAAAUUGCAACUCAUAGUAGAUUAUGUUUAGUCACUCCAAACCUUAUUCUUAUACUGAUUACAUUACAUUCCAAGGAAAGGGUGUUCUUGUUCAUGUCUGUAAAGCUUUCCUUUAUACAUUUGUCAGUGUUUCAUGUCUAAACAUCAUUGGCUUAUGCAUUUGUUAGCAAAGUUGCUUUUUAUGCUGUGAAACACUAUUGGAUUACUGGUAGUGUCCACAACUUUCUCAUUACAAAAUCUUCAACUAAA